AAUCAAUUUGGUUCUCAUUCAUCUGUCAUUUUAUAUCAUUAAUUUCCCGCUUUUAAAUAAAGUUUCUGGAUAUUCUUUUAAUUAUUUACUAAGUUAAAGUUAUUUAAUUUUUUAUGUUAUUUCAUUAUUUGAAAUUAUUUUUUAUCCUAAUGCUCUGCAAAAAUAAUCUUUAAUUAUUAAAAUACACAUUGUUAUUUUGGAAAAAAUCAUGGAAGAGCAAAAGUUAAUAAAACGUAAAAAGAAGGUUUUAAAUGAAAACAAUCCCAGCAAUACCAUAUCGGCUAUACUAAAUUUGGCACAGUUCUAUUUUAAAGAAGAACGUUAUGAAGAAGCAAUCGAUGAAUUUAAACAAGCUGCUAGACAGAAUAAAGCUUUAAAUAAACUGAUUGAUUAUGGUAUAUGUCAUAGAAUGAUUGGGGAGGCUUAUCUCAAUAUAAGAAAAUUUGAAAAAGCUUUAGAACACCAACAGAUUCAUUUACAAAUCUCUAAACAAGAAAAAAAUAAAUUGGAAGAACAGAGAGCUCUUGCUACUAUUGGACAUACUUAUUUAACCAGUUACUUAGAAGGUACAAAUCAUGAUAACAAAACGCCUUUACAUUUUGCUUAUAAGAUUUUUAUGAAAAGCUUGGGAGUUUGUGAAAGUUUAACAGAUAUAAGUAAAAGGGAACACAUGGAUAUGAUGAGUCGUCUUUUUGCUAAUUUAGGAAUUGUUCAGGAAUCUUUAAUUAAUUUUGAUAAGGCUUUAGAAUUGGUUAUGAAAAGUGUUACAAUAUCGAAAAAUUAUGAUCUUCAUGAACAGUUACAAAGAAAUCACUGUUUAUUGGGAUCUAUUUAUACAAAAAUGGGCAGUUUUAGUAAUGCUAUUCAUGAAUAUAAUUUAUCUAUGGAAAUUGCUGGGCGACUACCAGAUAAAAUAAAAUUAAUAUCAUCAGCUUUGUUAUCAAAAUCGGAUUUAUUGGUAAAAUUAGGCGAUUAUCACGGUGCAAAAACGGCCCUUUUAAAAGCGUACAAACUAAAAAAUCCAUCAGAAUACACCAAGGACUUAAUCGAACGUAAUUUAAAAACGGUCGUUGCGAUGUGUUACACAGAAGAAAAACUUUCAACAACCGCAGAUACCGAUCAUGAAUCCCGUAAGAAAUUGUACGAAAAAAUGGGUGAUGGAUCAAGUGCUUUAAAUUGUUACUCAAAAGCGAUAGAGUAUUACGAAAAAAUGUUGGAUUCGGCAAUUAAAAACGGCGACACAGGAAAAAAUUUAAGUCCCGCUUAUGUGAGUUUAGCUCAAACUUAUCUUGAUAACAAACAAUAUGAUUUAGCCAUUGAAUAUUUCGAAAAAGAUUUUAACGCAAAUCAAUUGGAUACAAAAGAAGCAACUAACAGUUUAUUUAGUAUUAUUGAAGCGAUGAAAGAGGCGGGAAAAGAUUACCAAGAAAUUGAAAUGAUUUUUCAACAGGCUAAAGAUUUAACUACCCGCGCCAAUAAUUUACAUUUACACGGGAGAGUUUUAUCCCGACAAAAAACAUUUAUUGAAAAAAAUUACGACUUUUUAACCACCGAACAAAUACAAAAACAACUCGACGAUUUAAAUUAUGAAUCAUCAGAUGACGAUGAAAGUUGUGAUUCGCCUCAAACGCCAGCGAUUGGUGAUGAAAUCGAUUUAAAUAAUAUAACAGACAUUUCCGAUGAUGAUGACGAUACUAAACAAAAAGAAAAAGAAUCUAGAUCGAUUCGUAAACGUACAAAAGCGUUUACCAUCAAACGUAAUAAUAAGGGAGAAACUCAACUACACACAGCGUGCAUUCAAGGAAAUUUAGUAUUAGUGGAACGACUUUUGGAUCAAGGACACGCUGUUAACGUUCGAGAUAACUGUGGUUGGUUACCGAUACACGAAGCUUGUAUUAACGGUCAUUUAGAAAUUGUUGAACGCUUAAUUCAAAAAGGGGCCGCGAUAAAUGAUCGUGGCGGAACUUUAUGCAAUGGGAUAACCCCGCUACAUGAUGCCGCUUCAAACGGACAUUUACAAAUUAUCCAAUUAUUAUUAGAUAAAGGAGCGAAUGUUGUUUCAAAAACCGAUGAGGGUGAGACACCGUUUCAUUUUUUAAAACGAUGGAAAAGCGAUCACGAGAUAACAACGAGAGAAGAAAACGAUAUCUUUGAGCGAAUUUUUAACCGGAUGGAACAAGUUUUAGAAAAAUGCGGUCAAAUAGACUCAAUUGAAAUUGAAAAAAAUAAUUCUGAAGAAUUAAAAUCUUAUAGUAAUCAUCGUUUAGGAACUUUACGUCGAUCCCAUUCAAUGAUUAUUGAAAGUAGCGAAGACACCGAGUCUUCUAACCAAUCAGAAAAUGAGUUAAUUAACGUUAAAUUUCAAUAUAAAGAGGUUAUGAAUAAUUUGAGAAAUCGCCCAAGAGAAAAUACGUUUCACUCAAUUAAUAAUAAAUCUACAAAAAGAUCUGCUUUAUUAACAAGCGAUGAUGUAGACGAUGAUUGGUUAGAAGAUGAUUUAGGAAAUUGUUCGAUUAAAAAACGAAAAAUCAAUUCAAUUUGUUCGACGACGAAUAUUCGCAGAAGUUACGAUAAAGAGAAUCGAAGCUCCGACGGAGAAAUGAAUUCUUUAGAUAUUCCUUCGGUUUCUAGACUUUCCAGCCCGCUUCCGAAAACAAAUCAAGUAAUUAAAAGAAAACGUCAAGUUUCGUUGAUUUCAUCGGGGUUUACUCGAAAAAGAAGCGAUAGUUCGAUAAGUUCAUCUUCGUCACCUAAAAAGUCACAAACGAGGAAUAGUUUUAUGGAAAAUAGCAUUUCAGAUAAGGAUGAAAAUAAUUUUCAGGGUGAUACCUCAAUUAAAAGAAAUUCCCCGAGGAGUAGCCAAAAUGAACAAACCGUUUUUGUCGAUAUAAGAAUUUUGGAUAAAUUAUAUAGAGUUCCUGUGAUUUACUCGGAAAUUAAUACUUUAACUAUUCAAUGGUUAGCAGAGGAGGCAUCAAAACGAUAUAGCAGAAAAGAAUGUAUGAAACCUUCUUUAGAAUUACAAACAAAAAGCGGUGCUAUUUUAGCAGAAGACGACCCCAUAAAUAUAUUAUUUCUGCUCGGUAGUACACAAUGUGAAGAAAUUAUCGGAAAUGUGCUUAAAUGGAACAUCCAACCGAUUUUGGAACGAUACAAAGAAUCUUGUGUAUCCUUAGGAUUAAAUGAAAAUUCGGAUCUGUCGAAAAUUUUACGUGAAACAUCAACAAUAUUGAAUUUAUCCAAUAAAAAUUUAGAAUCAGACUCGAUUACACCGCUUUGUAAAGCUUUAAAUAGACACGUAUCUUUGGUUAAUUUAGAUUUAUCAGGGAAUUAUGGCCUUAAAGAAGAAGAAAUUAAUUUGUUAAGCUCAGCUUUUUCGUCAUUUAAAAAUUUAUCAGUUUUAAAUUUAAGUAAUACGAAUUUAAAUGAAUCAUCUCUUGGUGUUUUAGCACAAACAUUUUUACAAACGGAUUCGUCAACUUUGGAGAAUUUAAUUAGUUUAGAUUUGAGUUAUAAUCCUAUAGGGGACGAGGGAUUACCACAUUUAGCUGUAAUAACACGCAAUGUAAAAUUAAAAAGUUUAUUUUUAAAAGAUGUAGAUUUUACAAGUAAAAUUUUUGAUAACAUCACAAAUUCAUCGAUAGAACUUUACUUAGAUUUUUUACAAAGUUUCGAUUUAAGUUAUAAUAAUUUAGAUAAAAAUGACGUGAUUAAAUUUGUAUCUUGGAUCCAACCGAGCGAAAUUGAAACGUUAGAUAUUUCGAAUAAUUCGAUUACAGAAUCCGGUUUAUUAAUGGAAAUUGUUUGUUCGUUUCAAACGGUUGAUGUUGUUAAAAUAAAAAAUUUAAAUUUGUCAAGAUGUCGAACGACCGAUUCGGAAAUUUACGAACUUAUAAACUUGCUUGAAAAAACACCAACUUUAUUAAAUACGUUAAAUUUAUCUUAUAAUGAAGAAAUCACAUCGAUAUCUUUAAGAAGAUUCUUACAAGGAAAUUUAAAUUUAAAAAGCUUAAUUUUAAUUGGGUGUAAUAAUUUUAAGUAUUUUGAAGAUUCUUGGGAAGUUCUUAAUAAAAAUUUGAUUUCGAUUACUUUAAAUGUCGAUGUUAAUGAUGAAAUUGAAAAAUUGGUGAAUAUGUGGCGAAAAAGUCGGGUUGAUGUUAAAAUUAGUCGCGAUCUUCCAAGUUUAUUAAAAUUAAGUACAGAGAGGUGAUUUAAUAAAUUUUAAUGUAAAUAUGUGUUUUUUAAAGUUUAUUAGUACUUUAUAUGACACCAUUGUACAUCAAUAAAUUAAAAUAAAAAGGAACUUUUAAGUCUUUGUUAUCAAAAUAAAAUACAUUUAAAGAUU